AUGAAAGCGGAUGUCAACAACCUUUGCACGGAAUUAGAGACUGCGGCGGAAGAACUGGCUCAAGCUAAGGAUGUGGAGGCUGCCAAGGAUGCUUGUAUCCUUGAAUUGGAGGCCAAAAUGGCGGAACAAGCAUCGGUCACAGGAAAGCACCGUUCGUCAAGCCCCUCCUCCAGCAAGGCAACAUCAUCGGCUGACAGUGGGGGUGCCCCCCCCCCGGCGGUGGUCCCUAACCACCAACGGUCCCGUCACGCAAGGUUGCGGCGUUUGACUGAAGGCCGAGGUCAAAAUCUACGCAACCAACACACAUCCAGCCAGGUGGCUCACUCCUCGCUGGAUGCUUAUUUAAACUCUCUCCCUCCCGGUAACUACUUCGGCAAUGACUCACGCCAGAAGUCUCCUUGCGUUACCCAGGUAAUAAUAAUAACUGAGACAUUAAUCGUUAAUAUGCUACUCUAUGGGCAUUCGAUUGCCGGUGAAAUAUUCGGCUGUAAAGGUCAAGUACUGUGA